AUGGGAAGCAAACGCAACUCUCGGGAAGCAUCUGAGUCCCGGACUGCUUCCAUAGACUCAGCGUAUCCUGUUAACCCAAGACGCAUCCGUUCCCAUUCCCUUGACCUGCUGAUUCGUAAACUGAGUACUGGGGCCAGCAAGUUGGAUGACAAGCUGACUGACAUCCUGAGCACUGUGGGGGAGUUUGGCCCCUUCCAGCAGAGGCUGGUGGCUUUAACCUUCAUCCCCAGCAUCCUGUCAGCCUUCUUCCUUCAUGCUGACAAUUUUGUUUUCACUAUCCAGCAGCCCUAUUGCAAUACUAGCUGGCUUCUGGCUUUCUACCCCAAUCUGACCGUGAGUCAACUGAUGCAUAUGACCUUGCCCAAAGAUGAUAAAGGUGAGUUCCUUACCUGCCUCAUGUUCUCUCCUGACUUCAUCAAGACAAAAGUCACCUCCCAAUCUAACAUCAACGACACCCAGCCCUGUCAAGAAGGAUGGAUCUACCCUAAGGCCAAGAGGCGCUCGCUAAUCAGUGAGGCCCAUCCCUGGGCAUCAGUGAUGGGAGGGGUGCGGGGGGCGGCUCUGCGUGGAGGCUCAUGGCCAAUCCCCGUGCACCACCCCCAGUUUGACUUGGUGUGCGGCAAGGAGUCACACAUCGACAGCGUGCAUACCAUGCUCCUGGCAGGGGUGCUCAUCGGGUCCAUUGUCUUCGGGAUCUCCAGCGACAAGCUGGGUCGCUAUACCACCUUCCUGAUGUCACUCCUCGGGCUGACGGUCUUUGGCUUCGGAACGGCUUUUGUCAGCACUUUCCACCAGUAUCUCUUCUUCCGCUUCUGCGUGUGCCAAGCCGUGAUGGGCUACAUCAUCAGCAGUUUGUCUCUUGCCACUGAGUGGCUGGUGAACCAUCACCUGAUCCACGCCGUCGUCCUGAAGUUCUGCUUCUUCUCCGUUGGGAGCAUCUAUCUGGCGGGGCUCGCCCACAUGCUGCCGCACUGGCGGCUUCUGUUCCUGAUUGGCAGCAUGCCCGUGUUCCUGCUCCUCUUCUACAUCUGGUUUCUCCCCAAGUCCCCCCGGUGGCUGAUGGUGAGAGGAAAAGUGGAUGAGGCGAAGAAAGUGCUGCACCAGGCCGCCCUGGUCAAUGGCACAGUCAUUCCAGAGACACUGAUGAUGAAGCUUCACCUGCCCAGAAAGCCUGGGGCCAGUGGAUCUAUCAUGGACUUCUACAACUGUAAUUACCUCCGUAAGGUGAUCCUGGUGCUCCUCUGCGCCUGGUUUUCUAUCAGCUUCAACUACUUCACAAUGAUACUGAAGAUGAAUGAUCUGACCAUGAACAAGUACCUCACCUUCUUGAUCUCUGGACUCAUGAAGGUGCCCGCACAGCUGAGCUGCAUCAUCCUUUUGGAGAAGAUAGGGAGGAAGCUCAGCCUGGGCAUCAUGUUCACGCAAGGCUGUCUUCUGAGCAUACUCAUCCUUAUCAUCCCAUCAGAGUCGAAAACCACACUGCUCUUGCUGCUCUUCAUCGGACAGCUCCUCCAGGCCACCACCAUCACUGUGUUCUUCAUCUACUCCUCUGAGCUGUUACCCACUGUCCUCAGGGCCACAGGGCUGGGGCUGGUGAUGCUGGCCUUCGUGACAGGAGCCAUCGCGGCCAUCAUGCUCCUCAGCCUGCUGAUAGGAAGCCUCCUGCCCAACUUCCUGUGCUGCUGCUUCUCCUUCCUAAGCUUGUCCGUCAGCUGCAUGCUGCCAGAUGUGCAAAACCAGCCUUACGACUUCCUGGAGCAUUUGCCAGAAUACAAUGUAGCUAACUCCCUCUUCUCUACCAACUUCUACAGGUCUUCGUCUUUGGACUCUGAUGAUAGCAUCAUCGAUGAUAUGUCUGAGGAAGUGUUGAAGAACACAUUCUUCAAUGCCAUCAUGUGGCAGUUCAGCCAGAGGGACCUAGGUUGA